AUGGGAAAAGUUGAAAAGGGUCCUGCAGUAACUAUGAGAGAAGGCAAAAAAGUGACAAUUCCCACCUCAUUGCACUCUCUUGCAUUAGGCGUCCCUCUACUUACUGUCUCGAAUUUUUCGGAAUGGUAUGAGGAUGUUCAGUUUACACUUGGUGUGUUGGACCUCGAUAUGACAUUACUUGAAGAUAAACCUGUAGACAUUACUGAAGAUAGCACUGCAAAACAAGUUGUCCUUUUUGAAUCAUGGAAGAGAGCCAAUAGACUUAGUUUGAUGUUCAUGAAGAUGACCAUUGAAAAUAACAUCAAGACCUCUUUACCUCAAACUAUUAAUGCAUUGGAAUACUUAAAGGCUGUAGAAGAUCGAUUUAGAUUUGCUGACAAGUCAUUUUCUAGCACUAUUAUGGCUAAAUUGACAAUAAUAAAAUAUGAUGGCAAUCGAGGAGUUCAGGAUCAUAUCCUCAAUAUGGCUAACAAAGCUGUAAAGUUUAAAACUUUAGGGAUGGAAGUUGAUGAAACUUUCCUUGUGCAGUUUAUUCUCAACUCACUUCCAUCACAGUUCGAUGCAUUCAAAAUUCACUACAAAUAA